UCGGCUUUCAGCUGCAGCCUCCGGGCCGGCUGGGAAGGCGGGGAGCGGGCGGCGGAGGAGGAGGAGGGGGAGGCGGCGGCGGCGGCGGCUGCAGCAUCCAGAGCUGGCCGCGGCGGCCGGCGCGCCCUGCGCACAAAGGCGCCUAGCCCCUGGGGAGGGCGAUGAGCGCACCGCAGCCAGAGCCCGGACAGCAGCUCCAGCUACCACUGCGUGCGCCCAGGGCGCGGGGGAAGAAGCGGGGCGCGCCGGGGGACAGCGGCCGAGGCGCGGCCCGUGAGCCCUGAGCUUGGGACUCGCCGCCCUCUCGAUCCCGCGCAGAUCUUCGGCACGGCUAGAUCGCGGGCCUUGGCGCGCCCCCCGGAUCCGUGCAGGAAGGCGCUGCCCCACUCCCACCCGACCUCUCGCGCCCUCCCGCCGUGCCCGAGCGCCAACUUCCCCAAGAACGCUCCAACUCCAGGCCACCCUGCCGGGCAGAGGGGGCGCUGCUGCUGGGCACCAGCGGUGAGGACGCGCCCCUGGCCCUGGGGAGCCAGCCGGCAUCUUCGGGGUCGCUCGGGCGCCCCUGAGUGGGCGGCGGCGGCGGCAACCGACAGCUCUUGGCUGAGUGCAGGACCUGCCAGCCCAGCGAUUCCUCCCGGCAGGCGCUCGCCCUCUCUUUUAUGGAGCUUGGGCCUCUGCCCCAGCCCGGUAGAGGCUGCAGAGGUAUACGGUGCAGAAAUCUGGUACCCAGCCCGGCAGCCCAUCCCUGGUUGUGGGGAGCGGAAGCUCCCACAAGGUAGCGGUGGCCCGCAGCGGCCCCCUCCCGGCAGUGAACCAUGGGCCAGAAGCUCUCGGGGAGCCUAAAGUCAGUGGAGGUGCGGGAGCCGGCACUGCGGCCGGCCAAGCGGGAGCUGCAGGGGGCUGAGCCGGGGCGGCCCGCACGACUAGACCAGCUGUUGGACAUGCCCGCCGCAGGGCCUGCAGUGCAGCUGCGGCAUGCGUGGAACCCCGAGGACCGCUCGCUCAAUGUCUUCGUCAAGGAUGACGACCGGCUCACCUUCCACCGGCACCCGGUGGCCCAGAGUACGGACGGCAUCCGCGGCAAGGUGGGCCAUGCCCGCGGCCUGCAUGCCUGGCAGAUCCACUGGCCGGCGCGGCAGCGGGGCACCCAUGCCGUAGUUGGUGUGGCCACGGCUCGGGCUCCCCUGCACUCGGUGGGCUACACGGCACUGGUGGGCAGCGACGCCGAGUCAUGGGGCUGGGACCUGGGCCGCAGCCGCCUCUACCAUGAUGGGAAGAACAGGCCCGGAGUGGCCUACCCUGCCUUCCUGGGGCCCGAGGAGGCCUUCGCGCUGCCAGACUCGCUGCUAGUGGUGCUGGACAUGGAUGAGGGCACCCUCAGCUUCGUCGUGGAUGGCCAGUAUCUGGGCGUGGCUUUCCGCGGCCUCAAGGGCAAGAAGCUGUACCCGGUGGUGAGUGCCGUGUGGGGCCACUGUGAAGUUACCAUGCGCUACAUCAAUGGCCUUGACCCCGAGCCCCUGCCGCUGAUGGACCUGUGCCGGAGAUCCAUCCGCCUGGCCCUGGGCCGCCAGCGCCUGCGGGACAUCGGUGCCCUGCCCCUGCCUCAGUCUCUCAAAAACUAUCUGCAGUACCAGUGAGGCUGCGGAGCAGCAGUGGGUACGCACACACAGCAGGGCCUGGCAUCUCCUGGUCACGCGGUACCUUCAGGAAGGGGUGCUCCUCCUCGCCCCAGAGCGCCAGGACACUCAGUUCCUUGAAAGGACGGGGACUCGUUCCCACCUCGGAAAAUGAAAUGUCUCUUGCCAACAGUAUUCGCUGCCUUGAAGGCGGCCCUUCUAAGUCAGGCACCUCCUGGGAAGCCGUGCAGAGUCCUGAACCUGCACGUGGCGGAGAUCCUGCCCACCGACCGAGACCCAGCGGCCACCGGUAUUGACCAGGGAGCCUGUCUCCUUAGUCAAGAGAAUGAAUAAAACAUCUGGGCAGGAGACUUCUGUUGUGUGUCCUGGUGCAGACAGGGCCAGGGGAAACUGGCCAACUCCGGGAGCAAAUUGCCUCUGAAUAAUGAAUGACGAAAACAGCCGGAUGCGGGUGCCCCUGUGGGCCCCCACCCCUUGACACUUUAGGACUUUGUGCCCCUUUGCAAGACUCUUACCCAGGGUUGUCCAGCUGCGGAAUUGGCACGUGGACAGAGCUGUGUUUCCACACCUUCCAGCUUACCUCUUGGAACAUUGUUUACUUAACCCCGUCACGGCCUUCCGUUCCCCACCCACCCCUGCACGGACCCACAGUUCUCUGGCUACCCCAGGCACCUCUAUUCAGGGAAGCUGAGUCUGACUAAUUCACCCCAGGGACAGAGUGUAUCCUUAUUAUUAUUAUUGUUGUUGUUAUUAUCUUGAGUCACGCUGCAUUUUAAAAAGAGGAAUGUAGUGAGGGCAGUACUUAGUCCAAAGGUGCUAAUGGGGGAAUUUGGGGCAUUGUGCCACACAAAUGGACGAUGUCCUCAGGUUGGGGAGCCUUCCCAAGGUGCUGGGGGUCUCUAGGCAACCGCCCAUUCCGGAGGUGCCUCGCUGCCACAAAGCUUUAUUUGUGCGAAUUAUUUUUUCACUUUGGGAGACAUGUACGAGUUUGUUUCUGUUUCCAGUGUGCGUGUGAUUUGCGCUUUAUUUAUCAGCUUGGGGCUGCACGGGCAGCCCUGUCGCUGGCAGGGUGGCCAUGGGCAGCAGCUUCUCCGCCUGUUCCCAGUCCGGUCCCCUGCUGGAGAUGAUGCUGCCGCCGCCGCCUCCACCUCCGCCAUUGGGAAUCUCUCAUGUGUUUCUGAAGUCCUCUGCCCAGACCCAUUUUUAACUGGAAAUUGUCACAGCAGGGGGAUUCCAGAGCCCCAGACGGCACUGCCUCCCCCCCACUUUAAUGUGAAUUCGACCGAUGAAUGAGGAGCGUUUCUAAUAAAAUUUGUCCUUCAGUCCUU